AUGCACUUCAUAAAACAAUGCAUCAUUGAAGGUGGGGAGGUUCCAGCUGCCCACAGAGGACCAAUGAUUGCAAACCCGCUGUCGGCAGCAGUGAACUCUCUGCCGCGGAGUCAGAUUCUAACGACACCCAAUUCAACUCUUCAGAAGGGUGUAAAUGAAGCACUGCAAAUCCUGUUCCUGUUACUGAGGCUGAAGCGCCAGCACUUAUGCGAUGGUUUGCACACUGAAAGCAUUGCAGCAACAACAUAUACUUUGGCAACAACUAUGACGGCUUCAGCAGCAGCAGCAACAACUAUUACAACAGCAACAGGAACAGAGAUGAUGCACUUGGGGGGCAUGUUGGCGGGGAUGCAUCAACCUAUGCCAAUCCACCAGAUUCCUGUUCCUUUUAUGGCUGCUGGUAUCCCAGGUCUCGGCUGGCCAGUCUGUCCUCCUGCAGGAAAGAUUCCUCCACAGUACGAGUGUGCAAACCAUCGCAUAAGUGCUGGCGCUUCAGCCUCAGUAACAGGAACAGGAUUUGCAGUGCUUCAUUUACACCCUUCUGAAGAGUUGAAUUGGGUGUCGUUAGAAUCUGACUCCGCGGCAGAGAGUUCACUGCUGCCGACAGCGGGUUUGCUAUCAAUGGUCCUCUGUGGGCAGCUGGUAUCUCCGCACCUUCAACAGGCCUCCCUCCACCAGAGCUCUCAACAGCCACACAGCCCACUUUUGCAUCUCUUGCAGCAAUGGCCUGAUGAGGGACAUUUGUCG